GUUGCUUAAUUGUUUUUAACUUUUGUUUGUCGAUGACUCCAUGCUACCUAGUACUUCUUAUAUUCAUAAAUACUAAUUAUAAAUUUUAAAAUUACAUACUUAAAAUCUUAUAUACAUUUGUACAUACAAUAUAUAAAUCAUGGGAGUUGAAGUGGAAACUAUUUCACCUGGAGACGGCAACACUUAUCCAAAAUCGGGACAAACAGUAGUUGUGCACUACACUGGAACUCUUCAAAAUGGCAAAAAAUUCGACUCCUCUAGGGAUCGCGGACAACCCUUCAAGUUUACUUUAGGGAAAGGUGAUGUUAUCAAGGGGUGGGAUCAUGGAAUUCCAAAGAUGUCUGUGGGAGAACGAGCUUCACUAACAUGCUCUCCUGAUUUUGCAUAUGGUUCACGAGGCCACCCUGGAGUCAUUCCACCCAAUGCAACACUUAUCUUCGAUGUAGAACUUUUGAGAGUAGAGUAGCUUGCUUAUAAUGUUAAUGUAAAUUUUAUUUUAUUGUUAAACAGUAUUUUUGUUUCUUAAAUAAGUUGUGCUGCAAAAGCUAGUCUAUAAAUGUUACUCAGAAUGUUAAAAUAAGUACAAAAUUCUACUUUAUAAGUGUUACUACUAAAUUAACUCUAACUAUGUUAAAGAAAUAUUUUUAAUUUAGUUUUACUAAAUAUAAUCUUUUAUUCAUAUUAAGUGCACAUUUUAAU